AUGGCCACUAACUACAGCUUAUCCACUAUAAGCCCACCACAAUCACUCACGGCAGCAGAUCAGUUUCAAUUAGCAAAAAACCGCUCUUCUAUAGUAAUCGAUGACAGUGACAUAGACGAUUUCAAUUCAUCUUUGUAUUUUGAUUCCUUCAAUAAUUAUACUUUUUCAGUAGUAAGGCGGAAAGGCUCAACAUUCAUCAAUCCGGUGAUCAAAAACAAUUCUUUGACAGAGCUAAAGAUUGGUGUACUACUACCUUUUCAUCAAAAUAAUGAUGGCUGGACAAGAGUUAUGACGAUGAGUGGAAUAUCGGCCAUUCGAUUAGCAGUUGCAGAAAUCAAUACUCAACAAUUUAUUCCGGGAGUUUAUAUCACCUUAGUAGAAAAAGACUCUUAUCCAAAAACCGUAGAAGGACAAGCUGCCAUCACUCAAGCGGUCUUUUCUGCCAUUUCUUUGAUACAGGAAGGUGUCAUUGGUGUGAUUGGAGAUAUAUCUUCUUCAUGGACUUCUCUGUCAGCUCUUAUGACAAGCACUCUACAAAUCCCACAAUGUUCUUUCUCAGCCAUAGCAACUUCUUUAUCAGAUAAGACCCAGUUUGGUUACUUCUUCCGAACUGCACCUACAAAUUUAUUAUAUUCAGAUGCUGCGAUGUCAUUCAUCAUCAGCCAAGGCUGGCCUCAAAUAGGUGUUUUGUAUUCGGAUAAUGAUUUUGGUCAACAAUUGUCUGAGAAUAUUGUGAUGAAAGCUCGCUUGAAUGGAUUACAUGUAAAAACUUACCAAUCCUACUAUGAAAAUGGGCCGAAAAGUGAUAUAAAAGCUUCCAUAGAUUCAUUUAUGUCUUCCGGCGUUCGUGUUGUCUUUAUUGCUGCUGAAGGUGUAGCACAAAUCGCCGCAUUGACGGUAGCAGCCCAUAGCGGAUAUAUCAAUGACGACACUGUAUGGAUCACAAUCAACGCAGAUACAAAUACCUUAUAUGCAGCCAUUAACGACUACAAUUCCAUUUUGUCUCGAAGAGCAAGCAACACAGAUGUCAUUCCCUCUGUUUAUAAUGCCACCAUGGUUGAUGACCAAUUUUCUGGUCCGCGAAACGCUUCAUCAAAAUCGAAUAACGCAUUCAAAAAGCAAUCACUGUUAGAUUUGAUCGACCCUGUAGAAUAUGCGGCAAGAACGACCACUAAUCUAACGCAGAUAGAUUAUAAUUCGACCUUUUCUGGAGGUGUAUUCAUGUUCGAUUCACUUAAGGAACUUAAUGGAUAUCCACCUUUUGAUACUUUUUUGGAGAAAUGGUCUCAUCUGGAUCCAGCCAUGUGA